GUGAAGCUGUGCCUCAGGAUGAACAAUUGUCUAGUAAAGACUUAGAGACCAGUACUUUGAGUCUCUCAGAAUCAUCUUCUGUGGUCAGUUUGCCGAAUCUAGCACCUCAGGUGUCUGCUGAACCAAUGACCAAUGAGGAGAGGGCUAAGUUUGAAGAGGAGAGGGCCCGCCUGUAUGCACAAAUGGAUGAAAAAGAUGAUGAAAUUGAUCGUCAGAGUCAGUUGAUUGAGUCUUUCAAGGAACAGAUGUUAGAGCAGGGAGAGUUGAUCAUGACCACUCGUCGAGAUUACGAGAACCUUCAGCAGGAGAUGAACAAGAUACAGCAGGAAAACGAAUCGGCUAAGGAAGAGGUGAAAGAAGUGCUUCAAGCUCUGGAGGAGCUGGCUGUCAACUACGACCAAAAAUCACAGGAGGUCGAUACGAAAAACAGAGAAUAUGAAAUCCUUAGUGAAGAAUUAAAUCAGAAAUUGUCUAACCUAAACACAACCCAGAAUGAACUACAGCAGCAGAAAGACCAAAAUGUUCACCAGAGGAAGAGAAUUACAGAAAUGUUAACCAACUUACUGAAGGACCUUGGAGAGAUCGGGACUGUCAUUGGUGGAAAUGCUGCAGACAUGAAACCUUCAACAGAUGUAAAUGGAAAAAUUGAAGAAGAGUUUACCGUUGCACGGUUAUAUAUUAGUAAGAUGAAGUCUGAGGUGAAAGCAUUGGCUCAGCGCUGCGGUCAGUUGGAGACUUUCCAGUCUGACUGUAAUAAGAAGAUCGAAGCCAAUGAGAAGGAUCUGGUAGAGUGCCGAUUACUGAUCAGUCAGUAUGAAGCCAAGGUAAAGUCUCUUCAAGAAUCUAUGCGAGACAUAGAAAACAAGAGGAGAACAUUGGAGGAAGCUGUAGACCAACUGAAUGAAGAGUGUGCUAAGUUAAAAGCAGCUGAGGAAAUGCACAUAAUGGCUUCAAAGGAGAAAGAAAAGGAGAAGGAUAGUGCUGAGAAGAUGAAGACAGCACUAGAACAGCAGAUAGAAAAACAUAGAGAUGCCCACCAGAAACAGCUGUCGACACUAAGAAAUGAAGUUUCAGGGAAACAAGAACAAAUUGAUGAACUGAAGGACAUAAACCAGAAGUUGUCCUUAGCACAGGAAAGGUUACAAAAUGAAUAUGAGAAAUUGAAACAAGAAGAACAAGAAAAAAGCCAGAAACUUCAAGAACUAACAUUACUCAAUGAUCGGCAGGAACAAGCUCGACAAGACCUGAAAGGGUUAGAAGAGACUGUGGCUAAAGAACUUCAGACUCUCCACAACUUGCGUAGAUUAUUUGUCCAAGAUCUGCAGAGUCGAGUGAAAAGGUCUGCUGCUGGAGACGAGAAUGAAGAUACUGGUGGCAGCCCUGCACAGAAACAAAAGAUUGUUUUCUUGGAAAACAACUUGGACCAGUUAACCAAAGUUCACAAGCAGCUGGUGCGGGAUAACGCUGAUUUGAGAUGUGAACUACCUAAGUUGGAGAAAAGAUUGCGUGCUACUAUGGAGAGGGUCAAGUGCCUGGAGUCGUCCCUAAAAGAUGCUAAAGAGAGUGCUAUGAAAGAUCGAAAGAGAUACCAGAAUGAGGUGGACAGAAUCAAAGAAGCAGUGAGACAAAAGAGCUUAGCAAGGAGAGGCCAUGCAGCUCAAAUUGCUAAGCCAAUUCGAGCCGGGCAUAACCCUGCAAUGAGUGGUGGAAUGGGUAUACGCGGAGGUGGUGGUAUGGCAAUGGACAAAAUGGCCAUGAACAAUCUGAAUACUGGAGAAACAAGGGUUAUUGUUGGUGGAAAGUCCAUCACGGAGGUGGAACUAGCAGCCCUAAAGGCAAAGAAAAAAGCAUCAAGGGAUUCAAAUGUUUCUAAGUCUCAAGAAGGAGGAGGUUAUUAACAACUUUUCACACGUCUGUAGUCUGUCUAGUUCAUUUUUGUUAUUUUUCUUAAUAUUGUUCAGCCAGACACUAAUCUGGAGCAGGUCUUUCUAAUCUCUGCAAAGAACACUAAACGUGGAUCUAACUUCAAUGUGUGUGAGAACCACGACCUUUUUAAAUGUUAAUAUAAUGGUGAAAUGGUACUUCUUACUUCUUAGAUCGUAGUUUCUUGUCUAGUGUCGUUGUGUAAAUACUGAUGCAUGUGAGGUUCGGGUUGAAAUGUAACAAGCAUUAGUAAGAGAAGGGUCCUUUUAGAUAACCGAUUAUGUUCCUACUGGCAGCUUUGUUUCUUUUUAGUUAAAAUACUAACAUUCUGUUUCUUUGUUGGUGAAAAACGAAGGGCGUUGUUUCUAUUGCAGUAAACGAAGGGCGUUGUUUCUAUUGCAGUGCUAUAGGAAGUUAUAGUCUACAGUAGAGGCGCUGGAGUCCUGUAUUUUUGUGAUAUGGAAAUACUUUUGUCAAUAGAUCGUAACUAUCAGCUUAUACUUGUGUAUAUAUUAAGUAGCACUUUUCAUAUUUAUUAAUCAAGAUAAUACAGUACUCUGGUUAGAACAGUUUAUUUCAAUUUGAGGAACAAGCUAGGGUGUAUUCAGGCUCUAUUUAUUGUGUCUAAAGUAGUAGCUGUGUUUCUUGAACCUAUUGUUCAAAGUUUUCUUAUUGGUAAUAAUGCUUUAUUAUGGUGCACUGUUUGUUAUUGUUUGAUUUGUGCUGUUCUCAUUAUUGCUAAAUAUUUAAUAAUAAAGUGGUUUAGAAAAAUAUCUUUCAAAACAAUGUGAAACAUAUUUAUAAAGUUUUAUACACCAUAUGGUUAUUGAUAUAUGAUUAAACUUCGUCAAAGUACAGAGAAAAAAAAAGUGGGAAUUGCACGUGACUGGACACGUCUUAACUGUGUGACCAAAGUAGUUAAUAUAGGUGGUAGGUGAGGAAAUUGAAAAGGAUCAUUGUUAGUUAAGAUGAGUAAUUCAUUGUAGAAUCCAGUAUUCUUAGUUCAUUAAUGAUAAGAUUGAAAUAUGUAUAACAGAUUUGAUUAAACUGUUUCUGUGAAAGAACUUCUUAUUAAGAAUUGAUUAAUCUGUAAUAUUGACAAGUUUAGAAGAUGUUUCGUGAUUUCUUCCCACUGUACUGUUCUUUGGGGUAAUAAAUGAGAUACCAAAUUAA